AAACAAAAGGAUGAACACAUGAGGAGUAAACAAAACGAGUUAUCGCUUAUGCCGCUCACUCACUGCUGACUGACUCGUACAGCUAUUUUGGUACUGCUUAGGAAAGAGACUGAGGCUGGAGCCAGCGUGACAACAAAACACUUGGCUGCCAGAUUUCCUGCUUCAUGUGUCGGGGAGUCAUGUGGCGAACGACGUGGCUAGCGCGAAGUUAGCACGCAAGCUAAGCUAAAAUCAGUGAUAAAUGAGCCGGACAAACUCCCAAUGUCAUGUCAGUGUAAGGAUGUCACGGGUAUUGCUACAACAGCUUCAGAGCAGCUACACACCAUUAUAGGACCAAGUAGCUUAUCAGCAGCACGCCAGAUGAGAACAUUUCAAAGUCACUGCAGAGCAGCAGCUAAGGUUAGCCGCGUUAGUCACAGCUGCUUACACACAGCAGCCCAAACAAACUAAAGUUUCAUUGAAAUAAGAGCUGCUCAAGUGAUUGCAUACACGCCGAAUGGAGUAGCAGUUCACAACAGCUCAGUCAAAAUGUCUUCUUACAUUUUAUUUCUGGUAUUUUGCCAAUAACACACAAGACAGGGCUUAACGACUGUUUUUAUGAACGGGGUUUGGUGUGUCCUCUAAUUACAUCCACGUUAGCUGCUACGCUAAGGACGGACAGCGAUGUGGACAAAGCCGAGGUGACGCAUGAUGACAAGGAGUUUCUCUUACCGUAGCAGGACCUGGAUCAAUUUCAACUUUUUCGACAAAAUGACAUCAUCAACUCCUCUAUCCAAAGCCAACACCAGCUUCUCUCUGGCUUUGUUCAAAAAGCUAAGUGAUGAAGACAAAACUGGGAAUAUCUUCUACUCCCCUUUUAGCAUCUCUUCAGCCCUGGCUAUGGUGAUGCUGGGGACCAGAGGCAGCACAGCUGCACAGAUGUCAGAGGUCCUCUGCUUCACUGAGUCAGAGAAACCGAAGGAGGCAGAAACGCCACAGUCGUCAGCAAUGCAGUCGCAGAUGCAGACGCGGAUGCAGAUGCGGACACAAAUACAGAUGUCCAGCAGACUGCCACAGUAUCUGCUUAAGUGUCUGAAACCCCAGAAUGGUCAAGAUGAUGUCCACGCAAACUUUGCUCAACUGCUGAGCAACCUCAACAAGGCAGAUGCUCCAUACGCCCUCAGCCUUGCCAACAAGCUGUAUGGAGAGCAGUCCUACCAGUUUGUUGAGGAUUACUUGGCAGAAACUAAAAAGCACUACACCGCUGAGCUGGAGUCUGUGGACUUCAAAACCAGUGCAGAAGCAGCCAGGGACAACAUCAAUAGCUGGGUGGAGACGCAGACGGAAGGUAAAAUCAAAGACCUGCUGGUACAAGGUGUGUUGGACGACAUGACCAGGCUGGUACUAGUCAAUGCCAUCUACUUCAAAGGCAACUGGAAUGAAAAGUUCAAGGAGGAGCAUACUGUUGAUGCUCAGUUUAAAAUAAACAAGAAUGACACUAAGCCAGUGAAGAUGAUGAAAAUGAAAAGUAAAUUCCCUUUCACUGAGAUUGCUGAUGUCAACCUCCAGAUCCUAGAAUUACCCUAUGAAGGGAAGGACCUCAGCAUGCUCAUCUUCCUGCCCAAUGAGAUGGAGGAUGACACCACAGGCUUGGAGAAGCUGGAGAAGGAGUUGACCUAUGAGAAAUUUGUGGAGUGGACUCGUCCAGACAUGAUGAGUGAAAAUGAAGUUCAAGUGCAUCUGCCUAAAUUCAAGAUGGAAGAGAAGUAUGACUUGAAAGAUGUCCUGAUCAGCAUGGGCAUGGUGAACGCUUUCGAUGUCACAAUGAGUGACUUCUCUGGCAUGUCUCCCGCCAACGACUUGGUGCUGUCAAAAGUCGUCCACAAGGCUUUCGUGGAGGUCAACGAAGAAGGAACUGAGGCUGCUGCAGCUACUGCUGCCGUCGUGAUGAAUCGCUGUGCAAGGAUUCCUGUCAUAUUUGUGGCAGACCAUCCCUUCCUCUUUUUUAUCCGUCAUAACCCCACCAUGAGCAUCCUCUUCACUGGCCGAUACUGCUCCCCUGAGUGA